AUGGCCUGCUCUCUCUUCGGUAUCUGCCUAAGCCUGUUCCUCGAGCAGAAAUCCGACAUUGGCCGCAUUAUCGCCCUCGACGAGGCACACAAAUAUAUGACUGACAGUGCCGAGUGCAAAUCGUUGACCGAGUCCCUGCUCGCGACCAUCCGCCUCCAGCGCCACCUGGGUGCCAGGGUUGUCAUUUCGACACAGGAGCCCACCAUCUCCCCUCGCCUGCUGGACUUGUGCUCUACUACGCUCGUCCACAGAUUCACCUCGCCCGACUGGCUCGAGGCUCUGAAGAAACACUUGGCUGGCGCGUCGUCAUGGUCUGGUCAAGUCCGUAAAAUGGGAGCGGCUAACAAUACUACUGCCGGCAUUGAUGACUUGGAUGCUGAUGAGCGCGACACGUCUCGUAUAGCAGGGGUACAACCUCUGCAGCUUGAUGAGACGAGGAUUGGAAGCGAGUUGUUUCACCAGAUUGUUCAUCUCCAUCCCGGCGAGGCCCUUCUAUUUUCCCCCAGUGCAGUCAUUGGUGCAAGCAGAAGGGGGUCCUCUGGGAGCGGGGGAGUCGCUAGGAGUGAGUCAGGUUCCUUGUCCGGCGUGAGUGAGUACGCGAUGGAACAGCUAGGUCGGGGUGUGCUCAAAGUCCGCAUCCGACAACGUGUCACCAAGGAUGGCGGGCUCAGCGUCAUGGCCAGUGCGAAGCAGUAG